AUGCUCAGACCCCUGCGCCGGCGGGCUUGGCUCGACCUCGCCGCCAUCUUCCUCGGGCAACCUUCAGGUCUCUCCACCACGGCAAGCCUUUUACUGACCGCUGCGGCGCGAAGAAGCAUAUCUCAUUCCUUCCCACCAACCUACACCAUCGUGAUCGUGGCCGUCGCCGGCGGGCUAAUCUUUUACUUCUCCAACCUGGAAACGGUGCCCGUGUCCGGGCGGACGCGGUUCAACGUGUACGGGGCCGAAUCCGUGCGGCGGGCGGGCGAGAUGGAGAUGCGGCGGCUGCUGUACGAGCUCGAGUCGCGCGGGGUGCACCUGCUGCCCGCCUGGGACCCGCGCGUGGCACGCGUGCGUCGCGUCAUGCAGCGGCUCAUACCCUUUUCGGGCAUGGCCGGGGAGGACUGGGAAGUUUUUGUUGUGGACGAUCCCCGCGUGGCGAAUGCCUUUGUGCUUCCCGGCGGCAAGGUUUUUGUCUUUAGUGGGAUUCUGGGGUUGACUGGGGGAGAUAGUGGGUUGGCUACGGUUUUGGGACAUGAGAUUGCGCAUAACCUGGCGGGCCACUUUGGGGAACGGCUGUCGCAGGAUAUUGGGGCGAGUAUUGUUCUUUACAGCCUGGUUGUGCUGGGCGGGGUGUUUGGCCUGGGCCCGCUCAUCCUGCAUUUCUUUGGGUCGCGGUUCCUGGACGUGGCGUUUGGAUUCCCUAUGAGCAGACUGCAGGAGAGCGAGGCGGAUUAUAUCGGCCUGAUGAUGAUGGCCGAGGCGUGUUAUGACCCGGCCGAGGCCGUCAGUUUCUGGGCGAGGAUGGAGAGGGCGACCGGGGGUCACGAGGUGCCGGAGUGGAUGAGCACGCAUCCGGCAAACAUGAACAGGAUCAAGAAGAUUCAGGAGUGGCUGCCGCAAGCCAUGGAGAAGCGAGCACAGAGCGACUGCCGCACGACCACCGCUUUUGCCGAUCUCUUCAAGCGUGCAUUGGAGACCGGGCAAAUUAUCAUCGUGAGGUGA